AUGGUGAAACUGUUUCCCUGCUUGGGAAAAAUGGCUGUUCACAUUGUCGAUGGAAAAUCCAGCAACUACAAGCCAGUCAAUGUUCAGAGCGUUGCUGGUCAUGAGAGAGGACAAAUACAGAAUUCGCCCAGCAAGCGCAAUUUGUUUACAUGAGAAGAAAGAAAUGGUCCGACAGUUAUUUUAAACUGGGCCUGUCGAAGGAGCGAUGGAACAAGCUUCAGCAAAAAGACAAGUUCCAGAAAGAUUAUCAACUGGCCGACUUCUCAAUCAAUAGGCUCUUUGUGUUGAAGAUCGGUGAGAAGUUCACGUCCAAUUGAUGCCCACUGCUUAUAGCCUUAUAAAAGCUGAAGCUCCGAUAAAAGAAUUCCGUGCAUGCAAAUCUUCAUGAUGCUAUAUGUAGAUUUCCCGUUAUUGAACGAUUUCCUAUCAUUCCUUUUGAGUCAGUGAAUGAUUUGAUGUAGGAACAGACCAUCUUUAAAGGGGCUGGGCCAGGUAACCGUAUGUAAACCAUAAAAACCUCUAUGAAGCAAACGGCGUAUCAUGUGUUAUGGGGGUGGCUUCUAUCUGCAAGUUGCCUACUGCAUAGGCCCCUUUUAAUUUUUAAGGACGGCAUCCCUUACCCCUGUCAUUUUACCAAAAACAAUUCACCUCCAGUUCUAAAGGGACUUUCAUCAGACUAGAAUCUACAUACUUAAAAACUGCUAGAAUUAUGUUAAUAUGUAGUUAUAUCUGUGACAGAAUUUUGAAAAGUGAAGAAAGGAUUAUUUGAAGUUACACUUAGUUGAAUUUGCUUUCGUUAUUGGUGACCCUCCCAUUUAUUUUUUUUAUUUUUUUUCUCAUCGAUGAUUCAACAUUUGGCGCUGUUUAUAUACCGAAAGGCCGCCGGUUCACACAUGUUUAGAAAAACACUUGAAAAACUUGAAAUUUACUUUAUUGUUUACGGUUACUAUGGCACACUUGGCUACCUAUCUUACCUAUAUGUACCAUUAUUGAUAAGCCUCAUUCUCAAUUUAUGCAGAAGGUCUUCCUAUUUCUAUAAAACUUCAGUGUAAAACUUCCUCUGCUCCGCAACCGCAUUUACCUCUAUGUGCUGUUCACUUCAACGAGAAGGUGAACUUGAAUAAUUUAAAUAAUCUUCAAUUCUGUUGGCAAGUAAUGGAACUAGAUUUAAAAGUUGCCCUAGGCCUGUUUUCGUUGUUUUUAAUUUGCAAUACUGCAGAAGAAAGCAGCAAAGGGAAGCGCCAACCUCUGAAACUUAGCAAAACCUUCGAGGAUGGUAACUCUUCUGUUCAUGUUUAUGAUGCUGUGUUUGGCAAGCGAUUACUGGCUGUUUCAGCAAAUUUGGUAAAAAAGUAUGCAACUUGGUAUUUCACAUAUCCAGAUCCUUACCGAAUGAAAAGGGAUCAAGAAGAAAACGACGGUGAUUUGCAUUGGAACGCCCCCAUUUCUCCAGAACGUUUUUCCAACUCGCUAAUAUGGAAGAGCCUUAAAGAGAGAUUAAAAGGAACUGGGAUGUUAAAUACAGAAGAGUUUUUCCCAUAUGAUGUGAAAGCCACUAUGUUAUUACGUGGAUUCAGCCCUGCAGUUUAUCAAGGUAAAGGAGAAGGAGAUAUUUUCAUCAGGAUAUUCUUGAGCAAAGCUCAAAAGAAGAACGAUUAUAGUGAGUUGAUGAUCUACAACAAGAAAGAAGAGGUCAUUGCCUCCAUUUUCCCAAAGUAUGGAAGAGUUGUGCUUUGGAAUGACAACACAGAUUUUGUUUUCAAACCUCCUUCAAUGAAUGUUGAGCAAGCAGAGUACAGUUUGUUGAUAAAGACGACAAGAAAUGAAACAAAAUUCACAAAAAGCAUGGAGAAAUUUAAAGUCUUUGAAAGCAAACAAAUGGAGAUGAGGAGUCAGCCAUUCCCAUAUCUAAAUGCAAGCCACGAAGACAUUUAUAAAAUUGACUUGUCAAAGCACCUGACAGGUAACUUCACAGACUCCACUGGAAGAAUUGUUGCAGUUUUUGACAAUGUUAUAUCUAAAGAUGAAGUUGACACAAUCAGGGACUACUUUCUGAGCUCAAAUACUGCCUAUUUGUAUGAUAGCUAUGACAAUAAAUAUGAUGAGGACAAUGAUAAUGUCAACUGGAUUGUUAAAAAGGAUCCACUGUCAAUUAUCAGCAGUCGAGUUUGGAAAUACGUUCACCACUGUGUGUCGUUUCUAAGUGGUGAAAAUCAAUGGUAUCCCUAUGACGUGGCCAUGAACAUUAUACAGCACACCCACCAUACUCGUAUUCAUGAAGACUGUGCCCAACACGAGCACGAAUACACUUUUCUGAUGUACUUGAGCCCAGAGUGGAGCGAUGAGCGGUACGGUGAAACUAUCUUCGUGGAGAGAGUUAAAGAGAAGGAAAAAUUAAAGACAGGAAACGAGAAGUACGAGACGCUUGGUGCUGUUGUCCCAAAAUAUGGUCGCUUUGUUGUCUUCCGCAAUAUAAUUGAACAUUCUGCAAGGCCCCCAAGCCCGGAUUUCCUUGGAGCGAGGUACACAUUUGCACUCAAGGUCGGCCGUUCUCCAGCUAUUGCAAUUGCGAAAUCUCUAAGAGAAGUUCUUGAGGCUCACAAUGAUAACCCCAAGGCAAUGAAAUUGCAAGAAGAUAUUUACGCAGGAAAAUAUGAUGUUUACAAUGACGAGAAAAUUGAGGCGUUUUUGCGAAAGACACUGACAAAAUACAAACAACUUAACUCGGACAUGACUGAGAAGGAUAGAGACAAUGUUUUUAAAAUGUUGAAGUUGUAGGCGGACAUGUCUUGAAAUGGCCGUCACUUUUUGUUUGCAUAUAAUCACAGUGUAUUGUGUCUUGGCAUGGCCGUAACUAGUAGUGAUGGAAAAUGUACAAAUUGUAUGCCUUUCUAAGACAUUCCCUGUUAUUUAUAAGUUAUCUUAGAGAAAACUAUUUCAUAGCUGCUUAGAAACAAUUUGGAUUUGGGUUUUUUAUAAAGUAAGCAUUGCUUUUGGUAGCAUUGUCGCUGCCAACGUUUUUUACAUAUGUUUUACGGUGCUUUAUCGUGUCCCAGUUGCGUUAAGGAAAGGGGUAUGGAAACCUCUUUUUCACUAUACCUAAGUGCUGAAGUCUAAUUUUCACGAUAGUUUGCACAAAGCUUUAAAAUGCAAUUUUGAACGUACCGUUGUUUUUCCUAUGCUUUUAUCUCUAUUUUUUCUAUUUUUUUUCUACCAUCCAACUCAGGCCUAAGUAACAAAAUUCUUCAUUAGGUUAGCUGUGAAUAAGUCUUCGUUUCGGAUUGGAUCGUAUGGUCUUUGCCUUUUCAAACAGGAACGAAAGUCACUCCCAUCUGGAGGUGGAUCGAUUAAAGCAUUCAUUUGGUUUCAACUCAUUUUUUUACUUACUUUUGUAUCUUACUUACUUACUUUGUUUCUUACUGACCUAUUUUACUUACUUACUUACUAUCAAAAGGGCCCAUACGACAAGCGAGCGAAUGCUCCCUCCCACUUUUUUGCAAAAAAAUACAGCCUUGUUGCAAAAUCUUUUGCUAUGGUCUUUAAUUUGCAUUUGGCCCCCCUUUUCCAACUUGCAUCGGAGCCCCUGAUCAACUUAAAAUAUUGACUAAUUGAAUAAAUAUUGAUAAAUGAUAAAUGAUUACUGAAAUGAAAACCAAUCCAAAGUUCUUUGCAUUCCAUUUCGUGUAAGCUCUAAAUGUCAUUGUCUGUCCCUUCCCUAAAGCAUGAAGAACACGUCUUUCCUUCGCGGAAGACAGCAAUCCGGGACAUUGUAACGGGCCUAAAACGAAGCAGAUGGCAAGAGAACAGGGUAAAAGCAAGUAAAUAGGGUAAUAUCAUUUUGUUUUUUCGGGCUCUCUCUUUUUAUUUCACCUACUUAUUAAAUGAAAAAAAUCAAAGUUUUCCUCAAUUAACCAGAACACUCAAGUGCAGUACACGGGGUAUUCAUUAACAAGGGGACUGCCCCCUUGCUCUCGAAAACUUACGCACCUUAAUUUUUGUGUCGAUGUCAUUUGCACUUUCAACAAAAUACAAUGUCAUUCAUUUUUGUACUUCCACCUUGCCAACGUUUUUCUAAUUUUAUCAUGUCAUCUUAACAGAACCUGUUACAAAAGUUAUCUUACGAUUUUCUCAAGAUUCAAAGCUGGAAGAUUGUUCAAUAAAUACUUAAAUUUUUGGAGUUUUAUAGAGUAACCUUUUUCAAAUUAUAAAUUAGAAAUGUUGCCAAA